UCAUAUUAUCCAACGGCCACAAAAUUGAAAUCGAAGGAAACAUGGCAGAAAGUAGAAACUCCACCUCUGAUACUCUCUUUCCCUCGGCCACUAAGAAUUCAUCCACCAUUUCUGCUCUCUCUCCCUCUCUCUAAAAGCGAAAGUCAUUUUCCGGCAAUAUUGAAAGUUUUCCGGAUAUGGAAGGGGAUCAUUGCCGAUCAUUUUCAGGCAAUGUAGAGGCUGAUUAUCCCUCAGAUUUCCAUGAUAACCUUGACCCAGUUUCUUGUUUAUCGUCAACAAAUCAAUAUGAUUGGGAAGAGAAGAUGAAAGAGAGGGGAUCGCCUCUUUCUAUGAACAAUAGGUUUUUUGGAAAGACUGAUUAUGGUGUUAUGGAUUCUGGUGAGUCCACGCUAUGUGUUGCUGGUUCAAGAUUUGUGGAUUCAGGGUUCAGGCGACAAGAUUGCAGAGUGAACUAUGUGGUCUUUGUGAAUUGUGGAGGUGCCCUUUUACCCAUAAAUGAUAAUGGGCUCAAUAUAUCAGAGGAUACUUAUUUCCAAGGAGGGGAUAUUAUUAGAACAGAGGAGAGUAUAACGAAUGCCGGACAUUAUCCAUGUAUAUAUCAGUCUGCUCGCUAUGGUAACUUCUCCUACAAAUUCACUAACCUUGAGCCCGGAGACUAUUUCCUGGACCUCCACUUUGCAGAGAUCAUAAACACGUAUGGGCCGAGUGGAAUGAGGGUCUUUGAUGUCUUCAUUCAAGAAAAGAAGGUAUUGUGCCGGCUUGAUAUAUAUUCCCGAGUGGGUGCGAACACGGCUCUUCAGCUGGUUGAUGUUAGAGGUACUGUUCUACAGAAUAGAGAUUUGGUUAUAAGGUUUGAAGGGAUUAAUGGAAGUCCUGUUGUUUCUGGAAUUUGCAUCAGAACGGCUCCACAAUUAAUGGAGCCUUUGAGAGAGUCUGAAUAUCCUGUAUGCAAUAUCUGUGCUGCCAAGAUCGAAGGUGGUUCAACUAAGAUUAAUGAAAAUGGAUUUAAAUCUAUAGUGAAAUAUGAGAAAAGGAUAGAGGAAUUGAUGAAUGAAUGCCGACUCAAAACAGAUGAAUGCUACGAAGCUUGGUUAGCUCUAACAGCUGCAAAUGACAAGCUUGAGAUGCUUAGGAUCAAUCUAAACAAUAAUUCGUCUCGAGCAGAAUCACUAGGUGAAACUGUAGACAAGCAAUCAAGUGAGUUGAAGUCAGUCUUGGAGAAAUACGAGCAUGACAGGAAGUAUUGGAUUGUUGCAGUCAAUUAUUUGAAAGAAAAAAUGCUGGUCAUGAAAAGGGAACAUGCCCAUCUUUCUCAAGAAGCCCACUUAUGUGCCAGUUCAAUUCCUGAGUUAAAUAAAAUGAUGUCUUCAGUUCAAACUUUGGUUUCUCAGUGUGAAGACCUGAAGAUGAAGUACAACAAAGAGCAAGCUGAGAGAAAGGAGCUCUAUAACAAAGUCCUAGAAAUGAAAGGGAAUAUCAGGGUGUUUUGCAGGUGCAGGCCCAUGAGCAAAGAAGAGCUUUCCUCUGGUUCAGCAAUGGUGGUAGACUUUGAUUCAGCAAAGGACGGAGAACUUGGCAUACAUGUAGGAGGAUCUUCAAAGAGAAUUUUUAAAUUUGACAGAGUUUAUACCCCAAAAGAUGAUCAAGUCCACGUGUUUGGGGAUGCUUCAUCAUUCGUGGUCUCAGUUUUGGAUGGAUACAAUGUCUGUAUAUUUGCAUACGGGCAGACUGGGACAGGGAAGACUUUCACUAUGGAAGGCACUGAGCAUAACAGAGGGGUCAAUUACAGGACACUAGAAGAGCUCUUUCGUAUCGCUAGAGAGAGAAAAGAUAUGUUCCACUAUGAUAUAUCUGUGAGCGUUCUGGAAGUUUAUAAUGAGCAGAUUCGAGAUUUACUAGCCACAGUUCCUGCCUCCAAGAAGCUGGAGAUAAAACAAGCUGGUGAAGGAGUCCAUCAUGUACCAGGCCUUGUUGAAGCCCAAGUGAAUAAUAGUAGUGAGGUGUGGACUGUUCUUCAGGCAGGAAGUAGUGCAAGAGCUGUUGGUUCAAACAAUGUGAACGAGCAUAGCAGCCGAUCUCACUGUAUGCUUUGUAUAAUGGUGAGGUCCAAGAACCUGAUGAGUGGGGAAUGCACAAAUAGCAAGCUUUGGCUAGUGGACUUAGCAGGAAGUGAGAGGUUAGGAAAGACUGAGGCACAGGGGGAGCGCCUAAAGGAAGCUCAGAAUAUAAACAAAUCAUUAUCAGCACUUGGAGAUGUCAUAAAUGCUUUAGCUACGAAAAGUAGCCAUGUUCCUUACAGGAACUCAAAGCUGACACAUCUACUGCAGGACUCAUUAGGUGGUGACUCCAAAACACUGAUGUUUGUACAAAUCAGCCCAUGUGAGAAGGACUCAGGUGAAACACUUAGCUCACUGAAUUUUGCAACAAGAGUUAGGGGAGUGGAGCUGGGUCCAGCCAAAAAGCAAAUCGAUACCACCGAACUUCAAAAGCUGAAACUCAUGCUUGAGAAAUCAAGGCAAGAAUCAAGGUUUAAGGAAGAAACCUUGAAGAAGCUUGAAGAUAAUUGUCAGGCCUUAGAGGCCAAGCUCAGAGGCAAAGACCAGCAAUGUAGAAGUUAUCAAGAAAAGGUGAAAGAGCUCGAGGGAAUUCUUGAAUCAAAGGUCGAAUCACACAGCCGAUCCGAGAGGGAAAGCCAGCAACUUGUUGAGAAACUGAUAGAAAGAGAAGAAACGUGCAGAACUCUCCAACUCAAGGUUAAGGAGCUUGAAAAUGCUUUAAAAGAGAAGCAGGAAGAACUCUCUAAAGUCGAAAAGGUUAAGGAGCUUGAAAAUGCUUUGAAAGAGAAGCACGAAGAGCUCUCAAAAGUCGAAUCUCUUCGUCUCUCUUCAUCAACAACCAAAAGCAUGCCUCCCAUCUCAUCAAAGCCUGAGUUUUCUGAUCAUUACCCAGUCGAAACAGAGUCAUUGAUAUUGCAAUGUUCAAAUUCAAUAAACCGCCCCACUGCAUCAUCUUUGUUAAGAGGCCAAGAAUCUCUUCAAAAAAUUGCAAAAGCAAGGGAGUCUAAAAAUCACUUUAUUGAUCCUGAGAACACCUCACUGUCUUCAACUUCGUUAGAGCGAAAACCAGUUUUAGAUACAAACAGAACCAGGCAGAUUGACUCAUCAAAAGCAUUUGGAAGGUUAACAAGAACAUCAAAGAUUGGUGCCCAAAGGUCUUCCAUUGUAAAUAGAGCUCAAAGGGCGACUGUUGCACUUAAGGAAAGGGAUAAAACAAGAGGCUGGACACGGUAACCAUCAGUUAUGAUUCAACUGUGGUUUAACUGUUACAGAUCUUGUAACAUAUUGUUUAUUUGUAUGAAGAUGAGUGGUUUUUCGUAUUUUGUUCCUGUACAAAUUUGUAUGAACAAGUCAAUUAAUUGUUAUAUACCAUUUUAACUCGGUGAGACCA